AUGUAGAAAGAGUGUUCAAAAACGAUGACGGCAGCGGAGCUAAGCUGAACAAUUGUCUCCAAUUGUGAUGAGCCAGAGGCCACAGAGAGUAACCUAGACCCCAUCUCCUUACGUUGAGCGGGCAUGGCCCAAGCUCGAGGUCUCUGGAGGAUGAAUAUACUGACAUUCUGCCAAUGGAUCAGCAAUUUCUUCAGUCAGCAAGCUCGAACUCGACAAAGGACACUCACAAUCUGCGAACGGUGGGCAACGACUUGGAUCAGCAUGGCUCGAGCUCGAACGAGGAUCAAGACACUCACCUCCUGCGAACGCUCGAAUGAGGAUCAAGACACUCACAAUCUGCAAACGGUGGGCAACGAUUUGGAUCAGCAUGGCUCGAGAUCGAACGAGGAUCAAGACACUCACAGUCUGCGAACGGUGGGCAACGACUUGGAUCAGCAUGGCUCGAGCUCGAACGAGGAUCAAGACACUCACAGGCUGCAAACGGUGAGCAACAACUUCGAUCAGCAUGGUUCGAGCUUGAACGAGGAUCAAGACACUCACAGGCUGCAAACGGUGGGCAAUGACUUGGAUCAGCAUGGCUCGAGAUCGAACGAGGAUCAAGACACUCACCAACUGCGAAUGGUGGGCAACGAAUUGGAUCAGCAUGGCUCGAGCUUGAACGAGGAUCACUGCACUCACUCUCUGUCAACGAGCAAUGGCGUCGAUCAGCAUGGCUCAAGCUCGAAUGAGGAUAAAGACACUCACAUACUGCGAACGGUGGGCAAUGACUGGGAUCAGCAUAGCUCGAGCUCGAACGAGGAUCAAGACACUCACCAACUGCGAACGGUGGGCAACGAAUUGGAUCAGCAUGGCUCGAGCUCAAACGAGGAUCAACAAACAUACUGCCUGUAACAUAAAUGAGAGAAACCUAAUAUGUGGAAACCAGUUACACAAUCUCG